GUACAUGCAUGUCUGAGAUUCAGUGUUUAUUAGAAGUUAAUUUUGUCCUUUCAGUGUGAAAGAAGUGUUUAUAUUCAAACUUAGCAAUUGAAGAUGAAUCGUUUACCUCUUCCAAACUGGAAUUGUACYCCAAACAUCAAUCCCACAGGCAAUUUCUCUGCGAUCUUGAACGUUGGUUAUGGAGGCUUGCCAUUCACUGGCCAACAUUAUCGGUCUCAUCCACCACAGAUGUUUGUCCCAAGGCCGCCAGUUCACACAAAUUUACAAGAAUCAACCUCUCGGGUAAACGGGAAUAAUGCUCAUGAACCCAGCAAAAUGUCUCAAUGCCAAGCAUUGCCAUCAAAGCAAGAAGACUUUUCCUGUGAUGUUUGUGAAAGAUCCUUCAAAACAAAACAGAUUCUUGAYACACACCUUAAAUCACAUGUCAAGUGUGAUUAUGAAAACUGCUCAUUUUUUGCAUCAAGAAAGAUGUUAAAACUGCACUUCAUUCAGAAUCAUGCAAAAGGGAGAAUGAGAAUUAAGUUGGAUUCUCCUGAAGAAAUUGAAAAAUGGAGGGAACAAAGACGGAAGAGGUAUCCAACAUUUGCCAACAUACAGAAGAAAAUAGAAGAAGAAAAAGCGCGUCGUGAAAAUGGGCAAAUAGCAGAAACGCAAACUUUUAGAUAUCAAGGUAAAAAACAAAGAAAUAAUAGACGUUUUAACAGGCAAAAGCAUUCAAAAUUCCAAAAACCAGCAAGACAAGAAGCACAAUUUAACAAUAGUAACAGUGAAGUUAACCAAUGUGAUGUGGAGAAAAAAGAGACAAAAMAACCAGUUGGGGAUCCUUUGUCGUUACUCCUUGCUAACUCAAAUGUUGAAAGUGACAGUGAGGAAAAACUACCACAUAACACAACUCCACAAAAAUCUGCUUCAGUUUCUACAUCAGCACUUGCAUCUCUUUGUAGUUAUGGAGGUGAUUCCUCUAGUGAUGAGAGUGAUGCAGAUGAAGAAAUAAAUAAUAACAACAAAGUCAGCACUCCUAUCCAAAGUGUUAAAUCAGCUGAARGUAGGCCAGAAAACACAGAACUUUCGUCAACACCACAGAAAGUCUCAAGGAAAAGAAAACAAGAUUUUAGAAAGAAUAAGGGGGCAAAAUCAAGAAAAGUCACCCUCUUGGAAAAGCUGUUAGCACCAGAGAUCAGACAUGAAAACAACGCCAUUCUACAGUGCAUUCGCUAUAUAGUCAAGAACAAUUACUUUGAUAAUAAAUAGUGCCUUACUGGUAAUAACAAAUACACUAAUAUACUUAGAACUUUAAAGCGAAAUCUAAAAUAGAUAAUUAUGGUGAGCAAACCUGGUUAAAAUUCAUCGUCCUGUCUCAUGGUAGCUAUAUAACUUUCCGAGGAUUCAAGGGAGACGCCUUCAUGGGAAACGCUCAUGUGAGGCAUAUGUCUACUUCAGAAGAACACCACUUUUUUAACAGUAUUUGGAUUUCUUGAGGGGCAAGCCCCUAAAUGAGUGUUUCGUUGUUUCUGCUUUUAAUGGAAUGGUUAAGAAGUGUAAUGGGAUUGUCAUGCUCAAUGUAAUACCAGGUUUGUCCUUGUAUGCCCCUCAUGUUCUCAUGGACACUCCGUAUUUCUUGCCUUGUAAAUAGAAAUUGGAGACGAUUUUUAUGUAGUGUUUAAAAAACGAGCAGGAGUGCUUUA